AUGAGAAAGUGCCGUCACUCACUCACUCUCUUGCUCACUCUCUCACUCUCUUGCUCUCUCUUUCUAUCAGAGGUUCGAUUGUUCUUCAGUCUCUUACUCAGUUAUUCUUCUUCGAUUCUUCUUCAGUUCAGUGAUUCUUCUUCGAUUUUGAAGUUCGAUUUUGAGCACAGCUCCGUGAUUUAUCUCCAUGGAUUUGGAACUAUUCGUCUUCUUCGAUCAGAGUUCGCUUUUGAGCAUAGCUCCGUGAUUUAUCUCCGUGGAUUUGGAACUCUUUGGCUUCUUCGAUCAGAGGUAGUUGCAGUACCCGAGGAUGUUGGCACAACUGGUGCUCUUCGGGCCAUUGGUCACCACCUGACUACACAUGAUAUCUUGGUUAUGAGUGGCGAUCUUGUUUGUGAUGUUCCCCCAGGGGCAGUGGCUGCUGCUCAUAGGCGACAUGAUGCCGUAGUGACCGCAAUGCUUUGCUCUGCUCGUGUCAGUGGACCAUCAGAUUCUGGUUCUGCUGGUGGAAAGGACAAAUGCAAGAAACCAGGACGCUAUAAUAUUAUAGGGCUGGAUCCCACACAACAAUUUCUUUUGUUCAUAGCAGCUGGAGCUGAAGUUGAGAAAGAUAUUAGAGUUCAGAAGAGCAUUCUCCGUGCAGUGGGGCAGGAAUGGUGAUGAUGAUUCAGUAGCUAAAAUGAAGGCCGCUGAAGAUGCCCUGCAAGAAAAGGAGAAGGGUUUUCAAUCUCUGUGAGAAGAGCAGCAUCAUAAUUUUGAAUAAAGAGGGAUGUGAUGCAUCAAUCCUCCUAGAUGGGAGCAACAGUGAGAAAACUGCAUUUCCUAAUCUAAGUGUAAGGGGCUUUCACAUUAUUGAUGCAGCAAAAGCUGCUGUUGAGGCAGUGUGUCCUGGAGUAGUUUCAUGUGCUGAUAUCAUUGUUAUGGCUGCCAGAGAUGUAGUGUCUUUG